UUUCUUUUGGCAGUAAAGCUUCCUUCUACUAUAUAUAACAUCAGUUAGAGCUCAAGAAAGCGGCAGACGGAACCGGCGUCCUCUCUUCUGCUUCAGCAUCUCCCUCCACUCGUUGCACCACAGAUGGCGAACGUUCCGGGGCAGUUGGUAUGGGAAAUCGUUAAGAAGAACAGCUCUUUCCUCGUUAAAGAGUUUGGCAGAGGCAAUGCCAGUGUUCAAUUUAGCAAAGAGCCUAACAACCUCUACAGCCUCAACUCCUACAAGCAUUCCGGGUUGGCAAAUCUUAAGACGGUCACCAUUCAGCCUGGAGGCAAAGAUUUGUCAGUACUGCUCGCGACAUCAAAGACAAAGAAGCAGAACAAACCAGCAAAUUCGCUCCACAAAUCCGUCAUGAGGAAGGAAUUUCCUCGCAUGGCCAAGGCUGUGACUAAUCAGGUAGCUGACAACUACUACCGCCCAGACUUGAAGAAUGCUGCCCUUGCUAAGCUAAGCGCAGUGCACAGGAGCCUCAAGGUCGCCAAAUCGGGUGUGAAGAAAGGGAACAGACAGGCUGUUAGGACCCGCGGUAGGAAGUGAAACAAUCGUUCAUAAGGAAAUUUUCUUCUAUCUGAGUUUUAUUUUUUAACCCUGUUUUCUAUUUUCUAAGGAGAGACAUCUAGAGGGCUUUUCUUUUAUUUCAAAAUUUCUGUACCCUACUUGAAAAUAGGGAUUUUUGACGAUUUUGGUUUAUAUUUGAGCACCUGCCCUUAAGAUUUAUGUUAAUUUCUUGUAGUCUAAAAAAGAUUGGUUAAAUUAUGAAAUAUUGAUACCAAGAUAUACUCUUUGGCUCAGCUUUUAUCUUAAA